CUAGUUAUUGUAAAGCUUUAUGUGACUACUGACAUUCAGGCAAAAAUUGCUUUCCGACAUUCCUUACUCAUGGUACAGUAAUAGUGUACUUAAUCCUUAGUUACUGGCUAAUACAGAUUCACAGUUUAGUUAAAAAGUAUUCUCAAUAUAUACCUAGAUUGAUUUUUCCAUUACAAGAUGAGGAGUGUCUUCAGAAUUCAGACUUUGCUUUAUGAGACUGGGAAGUACCAAACACAUCUUGAUAUGCGCAAAUUGGGAGGAAAGCGACUUGAAAUAACGGUGAUACUUGGGCUGACUUGCUAGGGAUUUGUGUGCAGUAAUGCAGGUAACUCUUGUGGUAUGUUUAUUGACAUUAUUAGGUUUGCUACAUGAUAGGAGUAUCUUUAAUUGAGCUUCCAUCAAAGUGUUAAUUUUAUUUGAAUGUCGAUUCUGCAUGUAAAAUAGCUGUCUGUCUAUGAUAAAUAGUAGCUGCUUUGAACUUUUUUAUGGUUCUCACUUCUUGAUGAUCGUGAUUUCAUAAUAUACUUGUACUCGCACCAUGUUUCUAAGUUUGAUACUAGCUAGUGUUUAAGCUUUUUUUCAGCACUGGUUCUGUUUUUGCUCCUGUAGAAUACGGAAGAAUGAUUCAUUAGUUAUUUAAGAUGGUCAGUGCCUUCGGCUAUCAUGGAAGCUGCCUGAGAUUGAAGGUAAAAGGUAGCCUGCUAACAGAUGGAUUCAUGCAAAACGGUUAUGAAACUAAAAGACCACACAGCGAGAAGAGAGCACCAAUAAAAUCUGAGAUGCAUUCAGUGGGUUGUUCAUCUGUUAUCAGUGAAUGCAUAAAAAAUUAAAGAUUCUUCAAAAAUAGUUGGGAUAAGAUAAUAUCCUAAAUAUUAUAUGAAGAACUGUAAUGCUUGCUCAUUAUACUAAUCCUUUCUUGGCUAGUUUAUUGAGAAAGUAAAAGCAAGGAGAUGUACCCUAAUAUGUAAUUACCUUGUGCCAUGUUCAUGAGCUCCCAGUUAUAUAUAUCAUAGUAAAAAAGGAUGUAAAAUGGAAUUGGUAUGUAUAACACAUGGAACUAAUAAAAUUUAAAGAACUAUUAAUAUUUUGGAACGUUAUGUUGUUUGAAUGUAUCCUUGCAUGCUUUUAGGGGCCGUUAGUUUGUUAAAACAUAUACAAAUUAAUUCACUCAAAAUGAACCUACAUAGAAUAAUCCACUUGUUGGAGCGAAGCACAUGAGAGAGAGAAUGGAAAGAGGAGAGAGAAGAUUCAUGCAAUAUUUUUCAUAUCGUUAAAACGUUUUCUGAGUUGAUGAUAACCUCAUGCAAUUGUUGUUAAUCUCGGAGCCGUCAUGCAUUUUCUGCUUAGUCACUUGUUAAAUGAUUCCAUACAUGUACUACUUAUGCUUCUGUUAAUUGCAUCACCAUUACAUCAAUAACACCAGUAUUCCUGUACUACUUCCCUUUGUCGUGAGUGUGUUUGUAAUUGUACUGAGAUGGGGAGACCUCCAUGUUGUGACAAGUCCAAUGUAAAGAAAGGACCUUGGACCCCAGAAGAAGAUGCAAAGGUACUUGCUUACGUAGCCAACCAUGGGAUUGGCAAUUGGACCCUGGUUCCUGAGAAAGCAGGACUUAACAGAUGCGGGAAGAGCUGUAGGCUUAGGUGGACUAAUUACCUGAGGCCUGAUCUCAAGCAUGAUGCUUUCACACCUCAAGAAGAAAAUCACAUUUUAGUCCUUCAUCAAGCUGUAGGUAGCAGAUGGUCUCUCAUUGCCAAACACCUACCUGGAAGAACAGAUAAUGAUGUCAAAAACCACUGGAACACAAAACUACGAAAGAAGCUCAUGAAGAUGGGGAUCGAUCCUGUAACCCAUAAGCCAAUCUCUCAGAUAUUAACGGAUUUUGGAAACAUCAGCCCAUUUCCCAACUCCAGAAACCAUGUUGAUCCACUUAAUGGUUUCGCAAACAACUUCAUGUCAAAUUCAGAAGCAUCUGUAGUCACAACAGAUUACGCAAUCCCCCCAAUGCUCAACACAACAAUGCUGGAACAAGUUCAGGACAAUCACUUUGGCAACAAUUAUGUAUGGGAGAAUGCAGAAGCUUCUUUUCAAGCCAAAACACAAGAAAUAUCAUCUCCCCUUAAGUCAUUAGCUUCAUGUCAUGUCACAGAAUUGAGCUCUCCACAAUCUUUACCAUGGAAAUCUUCUCAGCUCCAGCCAAUGCAAUCUUCUAGCUCAGGUUGGAAUGACUUUCUUCUCAAUGACCUAUCACUCCUGACAGAUCUAGAGCAACAAGAGGAGCCAAAGUCCAACGGUAUCAUAGCACCAUCAAGUUGUCCUUCAGUUCCAGUGCAAAAUGAGAAAUGCGAAAACAACUUUUCAGAAGGUAGUUCAUCAUCUGCGGUGGACUCAUUUGUGGAUUCCAUCUUGAAUCAAGACAAAGAGCUGCAGUCUGAAUAUCCUCAAAUCUUCUCAGAUGGAUACUUUAACUACUGACUUCUUAGAGUAUCACUUUAUUGUUCCACCUACUAGAGGGUAAGAAUAGUUCUUAAUUUUCAGCAUGAAGAAUAAUGUAUGGCAUGUAGCUAGAUUUUUAAGUGAGGACUAUAUUGGUGACAAAUAGAGAGUAGCAUUUGUUUCGUUUA